AUGGUGCUUGAGGCGACGAUGAUCUGCAUUGACAACUCUGAAUGGAUGCGUAACGGGGAUGUUGCGCCCAGUCGCAUGGAUGCGCAGCUCGACGCUGUGAACCUGCUGUGUAACGUCAAGCUAGACGAGAACCCCGAGAACACUGUCGGCCUCCUGACCUUGGCAGGUCUACCCGGUGGUGGUGCACUUUGGACAGCGAAUCACAGUGCGAGCGCUGCUGCAGAAGGUCGUCCACGUUGGCUUGGAACCGGCGCGGUUUGCCGGGUUCUCAUCACGCAGACGCGCGAUCCCGGAAGGGUUCUCUCUGCAAUGCACCAGGUAAUCGUGGAGGGUGAAGUGGACUUUAUAGGUGGUCUUCAGAAGGCGCAACUGGCGCUGAAGCACCGCCAGAACCGAAAUCAGCGCCAGAGGAUCAUUUGCUUCAUCGCAAGCCCCGUUGCUGCAACCGCGGAAGAGCUGGUCCAGCUCGGGCGCAACCUGAAGAAGAAUAACGUGGCGGUGGAUGUGGUACUUUUUGGAAGCGAAUGGAGUGAGAAUGAGGAGAAAAUGAAGGGGUUUAUUCAGAGUGUGAACGUGGACGAUAAUUCGCACCUGAUCACGGUACCGCCGGGUACAGCGCUCUUAGCGGAGGCACUGAUGACGACGCCGCUCAUGCAGAGUGAGCAGGCACUCAUGGCUGGUGCUGCAGGCUCGGACGCUCGUUUAAGUGGGACUGGUAUCGGCGCCUUUUCUGGCGGAGCAGCUGAUAUAGGCGGCUUUGGCUUCGAUCCGAGCGCGGACCCCGAGCUUGCGCUAGCGCUCCAAAUGUCACUGGAGGAAGAACGUAAUCGGCAAGCAGCAGCUGCAGCGGGAGCAGGAUCAGGAGCAGAUGCUGUCGAGAACAAUGCUCCGGGAUCAUCUUCGAUGACAAUGGAGGUCGUGAACGAUCGUUCACAGGCUGCUGCUGUGGAUUCUCGAACGAGUCUCCAGAGCCGUUCGGAGGCUGGCAGCAUUGGCCAUCGACCUGAUUCCUCCGCUGCCGCAACAGCGGAUUCCGAAGUGGCCGAGAGCUCCGAUCUUGGUAAUGCGAACAGUGACAUCGUCAAUGACGAGGACGAACAAAUGGAUGAAGAACUUCGUCUCGCCAUAGAGCUCUCCAAGCAAGAGGCAUCCACCGGUGGACGCCAGCCGCGAUCGAGCUCUGGCCAGGCACUGGCCCCCGAGGACCAGUCUCCGGAUGACUCAAAGAAGAAAUCUGAGCCUCGUGGUAGCACUUGA